AUGCACCACCAGAUUACCGUCAAUGUUAAACAAUUUGUUCGCAUUGUCGAUCAUCCUUUGGCUUGCAUGCUUCUUGUACAUUUUGUAAUGGUCGUUACUGAGCUUUUCUACGCCUAUACAUCAUUCAUCCAAGACAUGCGGUCCGGAAACGAUGUUCAGAUAGAAAAAUACAUAAGUUCCAUCAUAUUGGCCGCAUUCGAAGGAUUUCAAUUCUACUUUAUUAUAUCAGCAUGUGCCGAAAUCACCGAACAGGCAGAAAAAAUGGGAUUAUUGAUUAAUGAAUUCCUUCAAAUAGAUGCUGGCGUUGCAGUGGACCGUUGCAUUGAAACGUUCACCAUCGAACUUUUGCAUCAGGAUUUUAAAAUCGACAACUGUGGAUUAUACAACAUCGACUAUACUCUGAUGUUUUCAAUGAUUGCAACCAUGACAAGUUACUUAAUAAUGUUGGUACAGUUUCAGCUGGCCGAAGUUUAA